AUGCAAGAAGUGGUAACCACCUUAGCGUCCUGCAGUGCUCUGCACUCGCUGCACACGCAGGUGAAGAUGGGGCGAAGGGCCAGCGACCCUCCCCCACAGCUCGACCUGACCACCCAAGUGGCAGCGCUCUUACACGCCCUGCCCUCCAUGCGCGCCCUCUCCCUGCAGUCCGCGCACUGCUUCCUCCGCCCCUCGCCCCCCCUGCUCGCCGCCUUCUCCCGCCUGUGCCACCUCGCUCUCCCCGUGCUCCACCUGCCCGCGCCCCUCCUCGCCCUCACAGGUCUCCUCCCUCGCCCUCGCCGUGCUCUGCUGCUCACCCUGCCCUGUCCUGCUCACCUCGCCCCGCCCUUCCACCGACUCACAUGCCUCUCCUCCCUCUCGCUGCACCUCGCCGCCGGUGAUGACGCCCAUCCAUGCCCCAUGUGCACCAUGACAAACUUUGCCAGCCACGGCAGCACCGGUGGCGGCGGCAGCGGCGGUAGAGGUGGUGGUGGUGGUUGCAGUAACAGUGCCAGCACCACCGCACCCUCAACCUCUCUUGUGCCUCUUCCUCCCCUGGCUGCCCUCUUUGCCGGCCUCACUCCCUCCCUCACAUCCCUCACUUACGCUCCCCUUGCGUUCCUCCCCCCUCGCCCACCUCCCUCCCCACCUCGCUCCUCACCCUCACCGCCCUCCGCACCCUACGACUGCUCGCCCCAACCACCUCCACCACAGCGCAAGCCUGGGCCAUCUCAACCAGCUGCCACUGCCACUGCACCUGAAUCACUGCUUCCCCCCAGCCUCACAUCCCUCAGGCUGUUCCACACGGACCACCGCCCCCUCCACCUGCCCCCCCUCGCCUGUCCCUCGCUGCGCCGCCUCUCCUUCUCCUUCAACGCCGAGCUAGCCGCACGCGUGCCGCCCCACGCCUGCUUCUUCCCCAACCUACAAUUCCUCGAGCUCUUUCGAGUGGAGGGGUCAUUCGGGUGGGGAAACGGGCAGUGGCUCGGGGCCAUGCCGAGCCUCACCCACUUCAUCAGCCGCUGCCCCAAGCGCAACCACUCCUACCUGCUCCACAGACUCGCACCUUCCUUGAAGUUUCUCCACUUGGAGGACCCGUCUCCCAAGGUCCCACUGGUGGUCCUCCCCUCCCUCACGUCCCUCCCCAUCGACAAGUACUGCGACGUGAGUGCGCUGCUCUCCUCCCUCGCCGCCUUCUCCGCCCUCCACACCCUGCGCUUCAACUGCUUCUCCCAAGUCGCGGCCGACAGGAAGCUUUCCCCGGGGCGAGUGGGGCGCCCUCCGGCUCUCAGAGUGCUGCAGUUCAGAUUCGCUCAGAUUCACGCCCUGCCGGAGUUUAUGAGAGCCUUCAUGAGCAUAGUAAGAGUGGAUUUGAUCAACUGUGGGCCGCUGGAGGUGUGGCUCGAGUACUUAGCUAAGUUCUUGGUGUUCCGCUGCUUGCGGGUGGAUGGGUGUUCAAAACUCCCCCCUCCUCCCCCUUCACUGGCUCCCCUGCUGGUGCUGCCCAGAUAG